AUGGCAAAAAGAGAAAUAUACCUGGAAAAGGUAAAAGAGGAUAAGCUCAUGAAGGCCUUGCAAAAUCCAUCCGAAGAAUUCCGGGACUGCUCACAAGAUCGCAAGUAUAAAGCAGAACUUGCGAGAUUAACGGAGCACUGGGAGGAAGCCCCCUUCAGAGAUGUAACUGCAUCGGUGUUGGAAGCAUCAAUGAAGAUCUUAGGGUUCUCUGUAAAAUCUAAGAACUUAAAGGGGACACAUGUCAAAACGCUCAGGGAUGCAUCUGCUGCAAUAACAGCAGGGGCAAACAUAAUGUCUAAGAAAAUAGCCAGUGAAAAGAGGGGAGAAUACCUGGACAUAAUAGAGGAGCUGAAAAAUGAAAACAAAAAAUUAAAAACUGAAAUGGAGGAAAUGAGGAAAGAAAUGGAGGAAAUGAGAUGUACUCUACGAAGUAUAAGGGAAGCACCGCCGACAACGAUGGUGUCCUCCCCGCCUCCGGAGUACCAAGGAAACAGUGGUUGGAGUUUAAGGGGGACACCGCUGCCUGCAGCGGUGAUCCCCCCGCCUCCAACCAAUGUUGAGGAAAUGGAAAUAGGAGAAAGUUAUGCAAGAGGAAGGAUCUCGCCCCCAUUGGCAGAUCUAGAAGAAGAAGAGGAAAAGACAAUAGGGGUAAUUGAAGUCCAAAAGGGCCUCAUAAGGACUAAUAAAAUACACCCCAUUAAGGAAGAAAACAGGGUCGCAAAAGAAAAGAAAGAGGGCCCCAAAAUUGAGGAAAACAUUAUCCUUAAUACAAAAGCGAGGCUAGAAAGAAAAGAAAGACCGGAAAGAAGGGAAGAGGAGAACUUGGAAGGAAAAAUCACCGCCAUGGUACUUAAAGCCAUGAAUGAAUAUGCAAGACAAGAUAACAUACCACCAAAACGGGGGCCGGAAGGAAAUCCAAGCAAAGGAAAGAAGAAAAAGAAAGGGAGUGGAAAAAUAACAAGGGAUCAGUCAACAAAACAAGCUCUGGGGAGUAAGAAUAGGUCAGCAGAAAUGCAGACACCGCUACCUCAGAGGACUGAACACCCGACUAUGAAAAUGACAGAACAGGAAACGGAUAUGUCAACCACCCAGGAAACUUGGGCCCAAGUAGUUGGAAGGAGGGGGAAAAGAGCAGAAAAGAAGGAAGAACAGGAAAGGAGGAUCAAGAAAGAGGCAAGAAAAGGAAUCAACAAUGGAGUAGGAGGAGCUAAAAUAAAAAGGAAGAUUCCCAGUACUGCCGCGGUAUCAAUCACCGCUGACAAGGGGCAGUACAGAAAACUCCUGGCGGAGGCAAAAAGAAAAAUUGAUCUUGACGACCUGGGGAUCCUAAAAAUUAAAACCCGAAUUGGUGCAACAGGUGCACUGAUUCUGGAGAUACCAGGGGAGGACAGGGGAGCCAAUGCCGAUACAUUGGCAGAAAAACUGAGGGAUGUUCUGGCUGAUAAGGCAAAGAUAAAUCGCCCCCAGAAAAUGGGAGAAAUUCGUCUAAGGGGACUGGAGAUCUCAACAGACGAAGAAGAAGCUAGAAGGAAAAUAGCAGAGAUUGGUGAAUGCGAAAUAGCAGACACAAAGGCAGGGAAAAUAAGAACCACACAAGGAGGGGUUCGAUCCUUAUGGAUGCAAUGCCCCCUUUUAGCGGCAAAGAAAGCUGCCGAAAAAGGAGUCAUCGCUAUAGGAUGGACGCAGGUAAAAGUGGAGUUGCUGAUGGCAAGACCGAUGCAAUGUUACAGAUGCAUGGAGAAAGGACACGUGCAAUACAACUGCACAAAUGAAACAAAAAAGAAGACUAAGGGGAAGCAGGAGGAGAUGGGGCAGACUUCCGCACCGAGGCCACCCACGCCCCCUGCUCUCCUAGAAGAGAAAGCGGAGAAAAAAAGGCAGGAGAAGGGUGUAGUAAAGGGGAUGGUAACCCCAUCUUCUUCAGCAUGCCCAAUCGUCCCCUCUGAAGACAAGUUGGAAAAGGUGGAGGAGAUGGACGUGGACAGAAGAGGAGAGAAGCGUCCUCGCCCAAAAGAAGAAAACGAGAGUGACGAAAGGGAGCAGCCGGGUGGGAAGGCUCAGCCUUUGUUUGAGCAUACAAUGACAGAGCGCGAUGCAGGUUUGGGCAUAGCGGCAGAGCCCAACCAUGUCCCAAAGAACCACCCUAGGUGGUUCGGAGAUAAGUUGGGCUCUGUCGCGGUAGUAUGGAGGGCGAGUGAAAACUCACCUCCCGCUACUUUUUUGGAUAGCGGGAAAGGUUUUGUUGUAGCCAGGUGGGGCGUUAUCACUGUGGUCGGGGUAUACCUCCCCCCAGCAAAGAGCCUGAAUCUGUUUACAUUUAGAUCCAGGGUACAAGAUAUGGGAGGGACCAUCAAAAGGUACCUCCCAGAGCCCGUCAUCGUCGCCGGGGACUUCAAUGCGAAGUCGGAACUGUGGGGUUCCCGGCGGGGUGACGGGCGGGGGGAGGAGGUCGAAAACUGGGCCGCGGGCCUGGGUCUGCACCUUUUAAACAAGGGCAAGAAGUCCACAUUCGUGGGGUCGCAGGGGGAAUCAAUUAUUGAUUUAUCGUGGGCAACCCCUGCGGCCCUGGGAAGGGUGCAGACCUGGAGGGUGACGGACGAACUGGAGACGUUGUUGGACCAUCUCCUGAUAGAGAUGGAGCUGUCCGUCACCCCCAAUAGCCUGCGGCCCAGUAAAAAGGAUCAAAAAGAUGAACCCCGACCAGGGAGAUGGGCCUUAGCCUAA